AUGUUGAUCAAGGCCAAGGUCAGCUACAAGAAUCCUGACCAGGUGUGCUUGGUAGACUAUGGCCUUGCUUAUCGAUACUGCCCAGAAGGCACUCAUAAAGAAUACAAAGAAGACCCCAAAAGAUGUCAUGACGGCACGAUUGAAUUCACCAGCAUCGAUGCACACAAAGGUGUGGCCCCAUCAAGACGUGGUGACUUGGAAAUCCUUGGUUAUUGCAUGAUCCAGUGGCUUAGUGGCCAUCUGCCGUGGGAGGAUAAUUUGACAGAUCCUAAUUACGUUAGAGAUUCCAAAAUUAGAUACAGAGAAAAUAUUGCAAGUUUGAUGGACAAAUGUUUUCCUGAGAAAAACAAGCCAGAUGAAAUUGCUAAGUACAUGGAAACAGUGAAGUUACUGGAUUAUGUUGAAAAACCUCUUUAUCAAAAGCUACGAGAUGUUCUUUUGCAAGGACUGAAAGCUAUAGGAAGCAAGGAUGAUGGCAAGCUGGACCUCACUGUUGUGGAGAAUGGAAGUUUGCAAGCAAACCAGUGGCAAAGAAGAGAAAGAAAGAAGCUGAGCAAAGUGUAG